GCGUCUCAUCCACGCAGCACCAGUGUUGGCUUGUUUCACUUGUGCCGCACAUCCUCGGGAGUUAAACAGGAUUUACUUUGUCAGUUUUAUCUGAGGGGUUUGUCUGCGAGCUGUGAAACAGUUUGGACAAAUUUCCAUUUUGCUUUCUUGGACGGAUUCGACGAAACGAAUAAUAAAAAAAAAUGCGUCUCAUCCAGAACAUGACGACCAUUGCGGAAUACUCAGCACCUGAAUGCUCGGUGCCAAACCGGGUCAUUAAAAUGUCUGUGAUAGGAGGCAGCGGAGUUGGCAAAACAGCGCUUGUGGUGAGAUUCCUAACGAGGCGCUUCAUCGGAGACUAUGAGAGAAAUGCUGGAAAUCUCUACUCCAGAGAAGUCCAGGUGGAUGGAGAGCAAGUCACCAUCCAGGUUCAAGACACUCCUGGUGUGGAGUUGACUGAUAAUGGCAUCAAUCUACCAGAUCAUGUGACCUGCUCCAUACAGUGGGCUGAUGCCGUGGUGCUGGUGUACUCCGUGACAGACCGUCGCAGCUUUGAUUUGAUCGAUCAGUUGCACCAGCUGGUUGUGCGCACCGGAGGCGCCAACAUGCCUCCCGUAAUCCUGCUGGCCAAUAAGGCGGACCUGCUGCACCUGAGGCAGGUUGACUCCCAGCAGGGCCCUUUGCUGGCGGGAACGCUGGGCUGCUCUUUCUAUGAAGUGUCUGCCAGCGAGGACUACAGCCAGGUGCACAAAGCUUUCCAUAAGCUGUGCUGCCAGCUCGCCAAGCAGCCGCCUCCUGCCCCCAACUCCUCACACACCUCUGCCAGCGCCGCCACGGAGAAGAGGCGCUCACCCCUCAUCCCCCGGCCAAAGUCUCCCAACAUGCAAGACCUGAAGAGGCGCUUCAAGCAGGCGCUGUCAGCCAAAGUGAGGACUGUCACAUCGGUGUGAGGAGGACGAGAUGUUGAACGUGGUCCAGGGUGGCCACAGAAAGAAAGGAAGCAUUGAAAAUGGUAGAGAAAAGGAGGACAGAGAAGACUAAUGCUUCUCCCAUGACGUCCUGUAUCGGUCUGGCUGAAAGAAGGCAGAUGGAAUGAACAGUGGUUGGGUUCUAAGUAGAGAGAGGCUGAUGAACCUUUACAGACGCAAUGGCCUCUAUGUGGCAGGUGUCUGCCCUGUCAGAUACCAUGUGUGAGGAUAAGCAGCAAGAAGGUUCAUUUGUUCAGGAGUAGAAAUGACACCUGAGGACACAGAGGCAGCUGUGUGAGGCUGACUAAUCCCAACACUCUGCAUAUAAAAAUCAAAAACUGUAAAUCGAGCUCUCCUGGCAACAGCAGCGCUCGAGGACGCUUAUUUUUAGCUGUGCUGCCCAUUGUGUCUUUUCUGUAUUCAGACUGCCACUACAUGGCACCACUAAAUGCCGGUAUUAUUAUAUCAGCCAAGGCUCUGUGCUGCCAUGUGUGUGUACUCUAGUAUGUCGAUACCUGCAGUAUAUUUUUGCAGCAUCCAGAACCAUUAUUGUGUGUGACAGAAUGAUGAGAGGAGGUGGGGUGGGGGUUGUAACGGGACAACGGACACAGUAUGUAGCGUGUGGUGGUUAUUAUCACUGAUGCACUUUAUGAAAAAAAAUGAUCCAAAGGGCCUAUUGUUAUUUAUUUGUUUGAUAGAAAUUCACUGUUUGUUCACAAUAAAAAUGAUGAAUUUGAA